AUGGGCGAAGCUCUUCACGCCCUCGUUCGACGAGCGGCCGAAGAUACUGAUCCCGAUGAGGCCCCCGAGGCAGGGUCGAAGGAGAUCACUAGCUCCUGGGCGCUGUUCAUUAUGAUCAUGCUCCUCAUGUUUGCCUUGUUCACAAGCUACAUCCUACAACAGCGGAAAAUUCAAGCGGUCCACGAAACGGUGCUAUCUAUCUUUGCAGGAAUGUUCGUCGGCUUGAUCAUUCGCCUGUCACCCACGUCAAACCUCCAGGAUAGUGUCGCAUUUGAUUAUCAAUUCUUCUUCAAUCUUCUUCUUCCUCCGAUUAUUCUCGCCUCUGGAUACGAGCUGCAUCAGGCAAAUUUCUUUCGGCAUAUUGGCACCAUUUUGACCUUUGCGUUCGCCGGCACAUUCAUCUCGUCCAUUGUUCUGGGCCUCGUCUUGUUCCUCUGGACUCGCAUACCGCUGGACGGACUUAAGAUCUCGUUCCUUGAGGCACUGUCUGUGGGCGCUACACUGUCUGCGACGGAUCCAGUGACCAUUCUUGCUAUCUUCAACCUCUAUAAAGUCGAGCCCAAAUUAUACACCAUCAUUUUUGGCGAAGCGCUUCUGAAUGAUGCCAUUGCGAUUGUGCUUUUCGAGACCGCGCAAAAAUACGCAGAACACGAUGCGGGGUCUUUGACUUUCUUGAAAGUCUUUGAAGCUGCAGGACUUUUCUUGCUGGUUUUCUUUGGCAGCAUGAUGGUUGGCGUCAUUGUUGGCAUUGCCACUGCCUUGGGACUGAAGUACACCCUUGUCAGGCGAAUGCCGAAGAUUGAGAGCUGUCUGAUCGUCUUAAUCGCAUACGCAAGCUAUUUCUUCUCUAAUGGUGUUCGACUAUCCGGAAUUGUAUCUCUCUUAUUCUGUGGUAUUACAUUGAAGCAUUACGCUUACUAUAACAUGUCGCGUCGGACCCAGUUGACGACCAAGUACCUCUUCCAGGUGAUGGCGCAGCUUUCGGAGAACUUCAUUUUCAUCUAUUUGGGAUUGGACCUGUUCGUCGAAUCCAACCUCCACUUCAACCCUCUAUUUAUCCUCGUCUCGGUCUUUGGCAUCUGUCUGGCUCGCUAUCUGGCUGUCUUCCCGCUCUCCAAAGCUCUGAAUUGGUUCAUUCGGUACCGAGCCCGACGUCGAGGCCAAGAAGUUGCUGAUGAGUUGCCUUUUGCCUACCAAGCCAUGCUCUUCUGGGCUGGUCUUCGCGGUGCGGUUGGUGUGGCGCUUGCUGCUGGACUUACGGGGGUUAAUGCACCGACGCUGCGGGCCACAAUUCUCGUCGUUGUGGUGCUGACAGUGAUUAUCUUCGGAGGUACCACUGCACGCAUGCUGGAGAUCUUGGGCAUUCGAACCGGUGUCGCCGAGGAGAUUGACUCGGACGACGAGUUUGACAUCGAGGUGACUAAUAGUGGCACCUACUACAAGCGGGCGGGCACCGCGCUUGGGUACACGCCUCGGCGCAAUGACGCUGGUAUCGCACUUGAUGGGGUCUCUCACCCUUCGCGUGGUGGAAUUGACCGCGGCAAUAGCUACUCAACGGGCAACAACAGCCGUUCAAGUCCACCUCAAGGCCACACCCGAAUGUACUCGGCGGCCUAUGGGCCCAAAGACGCGCAAUCGAAACGAGACCGUUCCUCCACGGCGACUCUUCUCCACAGCGGUGCAGACACCGGUGGGGGCGGGAGCGACGAUGACCUUGGGCUCCCGUCCAACGGCAAGGGACGCGCGGGUCUCGUCGCACAUCCCGAUGAGUUUGACCUGGAUCUAGACGGCCUGUCUGAUGAUGAUCUUCCUCCGGCCGCAGGCAAUGCCUCCAGACGCCGGACCCCAUCUCAUCCCUCCACGGGUGUACACACGCCGUCUCCUAACCACGCCUCGGCCAGCGUUUCGCCCGUUCGCCAACCGCAAGGAAUCAGUGCGCGGGAAGCCUUACGAGAGCUCUGGCAAGGCGGCGCGUCUGGAGACCACACAGCCUGGUUCCGGCAGUUGGAUGAGGAUUAUAUCAAGCCGAAGCUCCUUCUUGAUCAGUCCAAUCACAAGGGUUCCGGCGCAGUCUGA